CCGGGGACUGACUGCUCGCGGAUUCUAGAAUGUCAAAGAACUCUUGAGAGCCCGCGAACACAGCACAAAGUCCUGGAGGAAGGAGUACGGCAGCCGGGAAGGGCCUGAGCUUUGAAGAGCUACGGAUACCGCGAACUGGAGCGUUCCAUGGCCGAGCGCAGGCUCCGAGCUCCAGAUCGAGGGGCUCACCCAGGAGUUUCUUGCUGUCUGAGAAAAUGCCAGAAGAGCACACCAGGUUCUGGAAGGCAGCCCUUUUCUGGAAAAUCUUUUUAUUUAGAUCUGCCUGCUGGCAAGAAUCUCCAGUUUUUGACGAGGGCCGUCCAGCAGCUGGGUGGAGUAAUUGAGGGUUUUCUGAGCAAAGAAGUAAGUUACAUUGUGUCCAGCCGCAGAGAAGCCAAAGCAGAGAGCAGUGGCACAAGCCACAGAUGCUGCCCCAGCCCCAGCAAGGCCAGGGUGGAAACGGCCUCCAUGGCUAAUCCAAAAGGCUGCCGGGCCAGGCCUUCACAGUCACCUGUAGACACGUUGCCCUUCUCUUCGUGGCAGGUGCCUUUGAGCAGAGGGAAGGAACUGUUGCAGAAGGCCAUCAAAAACCAGGGGAGUAGCAGCAGCCUCCUGACCAAUGCCCGUUCCUGGGGAGUGAAGGUCCUGCAUGUGGAAGAAAUGGUGAUGCACGUGCGGCAGCUGUCUCUUCGUGGUUCUUCACGUGUAAAGAAACAAGAACCAAAGAAGCCAGACGGAACACAUCCAGGAGUGGAGUCAAGAGCACGGAAAGCGGCCAGACUGAAGUCACCAUUCCUCAAAAUUGAAGAUGUGAGCAGGAAGUUUCGUCCUUUCCACCGUCAGUUUAAAUCCUUUCCUGAAAUUUCUUUUCUGGGACCCAAAGCUGCAAGUCCUUUUGAGGUUCUGACAACCCCCAGCAGCUUGCAGCAUUCCAGAGAACUCAGGGAUCCUGAGCCAAGCCUGCAAUCAGCUGCAUACACCUUGCCCAGAAGGAAGAAGGGGUACUGCGAGUGCUGCAAGGAGACCUUUGGGGAGCUCCAUGUGCAUCUUCAGAGUGCCCGGCACCAGAGCUUUGCCCUAGAAGCCCAUCCAUAUGCAGAAAUCGAUGGGAUCAUCGCCCAGCUCAGCCACAGCUUUGCAGAUAUCUCCUCCCAGGCCACCGUCCCCAGGCAAUCAGGUUCCCCGGCUUCUCGUUGUGACAUCCUCUGUCCUGAGACUCCACCACCAAGCCAGCCCUGCCAGCCCAGGACAGCCUCUCCUGAGAUGAGGAAGGAAGAUGAUGGGCAAACCCCAUGGACUGCAGAGCAGCACAGGACAGUGGGUAGUACAGAGGAACCAGCUGAGCCCACAGGGACUGGCGAUGUGCCCGGGUCAGUCGCAAGCUGCCAGGAGCUGGCAGGGGCAGGUGGUGUGCUUGUGACCCCCCCAGGGACCCAGCCACCAACCCCUGUUACCCACUGCCUUCUGACCAAAUCUGAUUUUACCAACCUCUCCUCUGGUCCCAAUCGGACACUUGCUAGACACAAGCGGAAGGUUCAGUUCCCAAGUGGCUGUGCCAAGAAGAGACCGGGGACCUCCUGGCCACAUGCCUCCUUUUAUAUCUCAAGAGCCCUCUACUCCUGUGGUGCCACCACCACUGAGGACAGGGACCUUCUCUCUUUUUCCCUCUCAGACCUCUUGUUCCCCUUGUAGCCCUCAGACAAGGUGCGGCUAUGGACUCCACAGCCCUUCUGGCUGAGAGGAGAAUGGCCCUCAGAGUCUGAAGGUCCUGACUAUGCAGCUCCGGGUCCUGGCCCUGCUCCCCAACAGAUGGACCGGCUCACAGCUCCCCAGGCCAGCCACCAGCCCACCUG